GUCAGCCCCGGUUACCCCUAAACUCGCCGUACACUUCAGCCGAUUUAAUCCAGGCCUUUGUUUGCGGAAUGGCCUUAAACCAACCUACACCAGUACUCUAGGACAUUCACUGCGUCACAAUGGGUGCACCUGAGCAGUCAUCCUCCGCUGAGGGGUCAGACGUCAGCAUCAAUAUCAAGGCUCUUCCUCCCCCGGCGCCGGCUGCCGCGCCGACGCCCGUGAUUGUCCAAAUCAAUGCAGCUCUCACUCCCGCUGAGUGCUACUGGAAACUGGUGGAGGCCGGAACCGCUAAGAUGAAGUAUAGCUGGUUCAAGCUGGCUGUGGGUGGUAUCCUCGCUGGCAUGUACGUGUCCUUCGGCUUCACUUUCUGCUGCUGCGCUAUCGGCCUGUUGGGCAACACUAUCUAUGGUGCUCUGGCCUUCCCCGUGGGUUUGCUCCUGAUUAUUCUAUGCGGUGCCGAGCUUUACACCGGCAACACCUGCUACAUGUUCGCUGCUAACAUUGAGCGCAAGGCUGCGCUAUGGCACCAUAUCAAGAUUAUCUCCUCUGCUUGGUUCUGGAACCUUGUUGGCGCUCUCAUCAUGGUGCAGCUCGAGAAAGCCGCUCAAAUCUGGGCUCAUCGUGAGGACUGGGUGCACGACAUUGCCUUCAAGAAGAUGGCCCUCGAGUGGCACGUUGUGCUGGUUCGCGGCAUCUUCGCCAACUGGCUGGUCAACCUCGCCGUGUUCCAGGCUGUGGCUGCCCGUGACGUUAUGGGCAAGGCCAUCGGUUGCUGGACCCCCAUCACCACUUUCGUCGCUAUCGGCCUGGAGCAUUGCAUUGCCAACCAGUGGCUGAUCCCCAUGUCUAUCUACCUUGACCCCACCGCCAAGCACCCGGUCAGCAUCACCUGGAGGAACUUCGUUGCCAAGAACCUGAUCCCUGCCACCAUUGGCAACUGGAUCGGCGGUGCCAUCAUGGUGGGCCUGAUGAAUGCUGCCUUCCACGGCACCAAGAUCAACGAGUGGAAGGACACCGCUUACGAUAUGACCGUUGGCAAGGUGAUGAAGAAGGUGGAGGACCCCAUCGAGCGCGCUAUUGACCUGGCUGCCCCCGUGUGCCUCAACAGGCCCACUGAGCAGCGGUACCAGUGAUUACAUGUGGGCGUGUGUCGUUAGUAUUCAGCUCAAUUUGCUGUCAUGUUGUCUAUCUAGGACCUAGCCGGCCUUUUCCAUGGCCUGCGGGCUCCUGAUCCAUGAUACGGGUAAUCUAUUGCUUAGGACAGCGAGGGAGGAAGAAUCACGUGAUCAGACCGUAUAUGUUUGUUGGGGUGUUGCUGGAAAGGCAUGCCAUGUGCAACGGUGGUACAUGGUUGUGCGCUUUGUUGGCUUAAGAAUAUUGUUCGGUAUGUAUCUGAUCGUCAUGCUUGCCACGGUUAUGGCGUCGGAUUAACGUUGUAUAUUUGACAGGUCGGAAUACUGCUCGUCAAACGCUAUGGCUCUCGUGAACAUCUGCGGCUCAAGUGACUUGGUCUUGGGAAGCCCGUUCCCGCACUUGUUUGCUUGGCAGCCACCGUUGUUUGGUUGCUACAACACGCAGUGCACUUAUGUGUCUGUACCCUUGGUUUUCAAGUGGUGGGCGUUGCUUUUUGCCUUUCGCACCGCUCUGAGAGGCUGCAUCAGCCGGGUUUACCAUGAUCAUGGCAUGUCUCUGGCGCUGGCGGUAGUGGGGUCAGCCCGGGACACCCACUGGGUCACCUUUCCCCUGUACACACCCUGAGAAUGCUGUGAUGUUGUAGGUGUCCGCAGGUAGCAGUGUGUGUCGUUCUGCUUACUCGUGCUAUCCCAGUGGUUGCGUAUCUGCGGCGUGCCCAAAUCGAUGAUGUGCAUUACAUAAUUGUUUCAUCUGUGGCCCUUUGUGCCCAGGUCGUACUUUACCCAAUCUGACACAGAGAGUUUGGGUAGAGUUGGGUUUGAUGUUUUGAGUGUUUUGAGUACAUCCUGCCUGUAGCCGUGUUGCAUUUUCAGCAACAUAUGUUGGCAUAGCAUGCUGACGUCGGCGUACUGAUAUAGUUCCCCUUCAUGUCCUUGGUAUUUGCU